CGCCUUAUGUUCCCCCAAUGAUAGCUAGCUACAGAACCGGCUCUACGAUACAGGUUGUUGAGUCCGAAUCUGUUGAAUUGACCUGUUCUGUAACUGGUGGAAAACCAUUAGCGACCUUAAGAAUGUCCUGUUUCAACAGUAAUUCAACACCAACUGUUACCAAAGAAACGACGGUGACCGUGUACAUUGCACUACAAGUGAAUAGCAAUCAUAGUCAAUGCAUAUGCGAGUCUGAUCAUAUCAUUAGUGGUACACAAAAAAACAUACGUCAUGCUUGAUGUGCUGUUUCAACCGCGUGAGGUCCGCUUCAACUUCGGAACUGAGGCAGGAGAAAGGUUGAUUGUAAACCAAAAUGAAGAGGUGACUUUUCAAUGUUUCGCUGAGUCUAAUCCUCAUCCAGACAUUGUUAUCAGGAAUCAAAGAGAUGAACAAAUCAUAAUGAUGAAAUAUGCCACUUAUGAUGUUCAACAUACUAUUCCUAAAGUAUCUUGUGCUGAUGCAGGGGAGUAUGUAUGCUCUGCUAGAAAUAUGUUAACAAAUGGAGAAGGAGCACUAUCAAGACUCAUUCUCAUUGUAAGAUGUCGUCCACGUCCGUCAGCUGAUACAGUAAAAGAAACAAAGAUAACUGCUCUUCUGCAUGUUGACGUCACGUUACAAUUUUUAGCUCAAGACUUUUUUGACGAGAAAAACAAAACAGUAUUCGCAUGGUAUAAACAGAAAGUGCCAUUACAAAAUGACGGCAAUAAGUAUAUUAUAUCAUCUUAUGGGUUACAAUCUAACUUGAUAAUCAGAAACAUUACAUACUCAGAUUAUGGACAGUACCAAGUUGUUGUCAGGAAUUCAUUUGGACAUAAUACCUACUAUUAUGAAUUGCUGGAAAAAGCUCCUCAACAUUCAACCGAGCCUAUAACAGCCUCGACACUAUUUGGGGUCACAGUUGGUGUAUCUAGUUUCACUUUUUUAGUGAUUGUAUUGGCAUUCUUAUUUUGGAUAUAUACCAGACGUAAACGCACUUUGAAGAUAACAAACAGAAAAACAGCUGAGGUUAUCACAGAAUAUCAGGCUACUACUAGGCAUAAUGACAAUGAUGCAGAAAAUUUGUAUGAACAAAUUGAUGAGCAAUGUACUGCAACAGGGGCAUACAUUGAGAUGCAAGGAAUCAAAACGGAUAAGGAUACAAACUGUGAAUAUAUAGAUAUGACAAUACAGACCCACAACCCGUCGGAAAAAAAUUGUGAAUAGUAGCCAAAGUCGUUUUGUACAAACCAAGUUAAUUUGUUUCAUGUUGAGUUCAUAUAUCAAGUUUUCACAUAUUAAUUCACAUAACCUUUUACUUUUGUGAAUUUUCACCAAACCUAUUGUACCUGUUGUACCCAAUAUAUUGAGAUUCCCACGAAUGCUCUGUCCAGAUUAUACAGUUGACUCAAACCGACGUUUUAUUUCUCUUUUUAAAUGUUCUUUAUUUUGAUGUACAAAUAACUUAAUUAUAAGGUUGAAUGAAAUUGACCUUUAUAAGUCUUUUUCAUAAGUGGAUUUUAAUUCAUGGUUUACGUAGGCAAUAAACAAUUUUCUAAUGGUCGCUUAUAACUUUAGCAGUAAACAUUUUUAUCUUUUUCACCUCCAAAGAUUUAGCUUAUUCUGUAUUGUGUUGGCAAGAUUCUAAUUUGACCUCCUAUUCCUCCCUAUUUUGUGUGUUAUUAGUAUAUCUAAUUUACAAUAAUGUAUUCAUAAAGGUUAUAUACACCUCAAUGUAUAAUAUUUGCUUGAUGAUGAAUAUUACUACUGUAAUGAUUAUUGUGCUAGUAUAUGGAUAGAAAAAAAUUUUUUUUGAUUCUGUUUGUUGAUGAUACAAAUUGUCAUAUUUGUAUUUGAAAAACAGAAUGUGUUUAUAAUAUGAAUAUGAUACAUGUAAUCUCAAGUUUACCUAUAUUAUAUUCUAUCUAUAUAUCAAGAUCUAAAUGAUCUAAAUUUCUCAUGUCUUCUUAUUCAAAUUUAUAAUUCACAUUUGUGAAUCACAUGGACCUCUUGGAUAAUUAUUCAAAGAUAAAAACAAAAGAAUGUCAUAGCUUAACUAGUCAUUAUUUUAUUUUUCUCAGUUUCCGAAAUGUCUCUCUAAAUGUGUUAUUUUCACUAUCAAUAUUUGAUAAUGUAUGCUAUUUUACCUAGUAUAUCUUAUAACGCAGGAAUGUGUAAGGUUGACUUCCGGAAGAUGCAGGUUCCCGUUGUUGUGAUUGACCAUUGAAUCAUUUCUACGGUCUUUCGCGUUGAACCCCUGAUCUGGCAUGUUAGGAAGUUAUCAGAUACUUGCAAAAGUAAAGACAACUAGUACAUGUAAUGCCCAGGAACGAUGCCGUGGCAUAACUGUGCUACAAUCUACAUACAUCACCAUCUAGUACAGCAGCAAUAUACAAUGUAUUAUCACUGGCGCUUGUAGUACUGUGUGUAAUACAAGCGGUGAAAUCUUGAAUAAUACCAUUCUAUGGGAAAUAGAACACCAGCAUAAACUACAUAUUGACAUGAAAUUAGUUUUAAAAUGUAAAUAAAAAAAUUAAAUAAUCGAAGUCUCAGAUAUAAGUCUUGUUAUUUUCAUUGAC